AUGUCUAUUUCUAACACUCCUUCCAAAAAGGAUAAGUUCCUCGUCUCCCUUGGUGGGUAUGAUGGCAACCUCUUUGGAGUAGAAGUUAAGUGUAAUCUUGCAUUCCUUUCUGAGCAAGAGAAGAAAGAAUCUCCAAAGAAGAAGAAAGGGGAGGAAGAUCUCCCAGUUCCUGUGAAUGAGGAGGAAGAGCAGGCUAAAGCUGAUUCUAAAACAUUAAAAAGAGGGUUUUAUACACAUUCUAAGUUUGCGUUUAAGGCUACUGAAGGAUCAAUUAGAUGUAUGGCCAAUUGCAAGAGAUUCCUUGCAAUUGGAGGUUACGAAGAAGUCAUUAAGAUUUUUGAUCUUGAUAAGAAUAUUGAAGUGGGAGAGUUGAUAGAUCAUAAGGGCACUAUUACUUGCCUCAAGUUCUUCCAAAAUCAGUAUCUGUUGAGUGGUUCAGAUGAUGGAGAGGUGUUCAUCUGGAGAGCCAAAGAUUUUCAACUGAUUUAUAGAUUAAAGUUGCCUAAAGCGAGCCCUGUUAUGGAUCUAGCAGUUCAUCAAUCUGGAAAAAUUGCUCUUGCCUUAUAUAAAUCAAACCAUAUGGUUCUUUGGGAUUUAACAAAGGGAAAAAGUAAGCUCAGAAAGAAGGUGAGAAGUGAUACCAUCAGCAUUAAAUGGGAUUUAUCAGGGAAACACUACUUAAUCUUAUGUGAGAAAUCAAUUGCUGUCUUCAGUAUUACUGAAGAUAAGCCUAUCAACAUUAUCAGUUUUGAGGAAAAGGUUAACGAUUUCGACUUUAUCUCAAAGUCGAUCAUCCAGACUGUUAAUGAAGAUGAUGGUGAAGGUGAAAGCGAUAGUGAGGUUCAAAAGGAAAAACAAGAGGAAUUAGAUGAUGUCUUGCUUGUGUUAGGAGAAAAAGAUCAUCUACAUUACAUUAGGAAUUGGAAGACACCAAAUCCAGAGACUACAGCUUUAAAGACUAAUCUUGGUAGACAUAGAAAGAUCCAGGUGACCCCUUGCAAUUCAGCAGAAACAAGUGAUUCUUUACUGACCAUUCUCAAUUCUAAAGGAGUAGCUAGCUUUAUGAAAGCUAGUGAUCUUGCUGUGCAAGUGUACCUUGCUGAUGGUGAACACUCAGGUCUUGGCUCUGACUCUGAACAAGGUGAAGGAGAGAAUGAUGAUAGCGAAGAAGAUAGCAAGGAAGAAAAGAAAGAAAUUGCAAAGGAUAAGGAAAAUGUUGAAGAAAUUGAGCUCUAUUUCCCAAAGAAAUUGGAAUAUGAAAGCAAAAUCUUAACCUUCUGUAUUUCCAAUAUCUCAAAAGAAAAGAAAGAGGAAGAAACAAAAAGAAAGCGUAAGAAAUCAGCUGAAAAACCUAAAAAGAAGCAUAAAAAACAGAAAUCAGAAGAAUAACUUCUAUACACUCUAAACCUCACUCUCUGAGUUUCAACAAUCAAC